UACCGCAAACGAAUCCGUUGGCGAGUGAUAUCAAUGGUGCGUGGAGCUCUGGAAACACAGUCGUGAAAAGAAAAGUGACAUUUUGAGCUUGCAGUCUUCCCCAAAGAAAUCAUGGCUUCGUCCAGCACAAUUGAGAAACCAUCGGCACAAGGAUCAGCAAAGAGAAAAUUUGAUCGAAUGAAUCGACUUCGAGACCUGGAACUCAAAAUGAAUGAAGCCAGAAAGUUGAAUCACCAGGAAGUUGUAGCUGAGGAUGAAAGAAAGAAACGCCCCAAAAACUUCGAGGCCAAGAAGAUGAGGACAGAAUGGGAGGAGGAAGUUGAGAGAAAGAAGAAGGAGUGUGAGGAGAGAGGAGAGGUAUUUGACAGAGUCAAGUUGCUGGAUGUCGGUGCUGACGAAGCCGAGAGGUGGGAGAGGAAGAAGAAGAAGAAAAACCCUGAUACAGGAUUCGCAGAUUAUGAGCAGGCCACAUUCCGCCAGUAUCAGACCCUCACUAAGCAGAUGAAGCCCAACAUGCAGGAGGUUGACAGACAGAAGGAGAAGCUUGGUGAUGACUUCUACGCUACUUCCAACACCCUGGGCCUGCAUCAGCAGAAGGACACCAAGGAGGCCGUGGACCGCAUGGUUGUGGACCUUGAGAAACAGAUUGAGAAGAGAUCUAAGUACAGUCGCAGGCGGACAUUUGACGAAGAUGCAGACAUUGAUUACAUCAAUGAGAGGAACAUGAAGUUCAACAAGAAACUGGAACGUUUCUAUGGAUCGUACACAGCUGAGAUUAAACAGAACUUGGAGAGAGGUACAGCAGUGUGAGCCCACCAUGCUGAUGGACUGUGUGUUUAUGUUGUAAAUAGUCAAGGGCUCUGGGAAGAAGAAACAGCUGAUACUGAUGGAAAAUUGCACCACCUUGGCAGGCUAACUGUGCGUGCAUGAAAAAAACCUGUUUGUGAUAAAUACCUUUGGUUACCACAGAGAAACUGUCUUUGUUUUUACUGAGGCAGUUUGUCCAUAUCUGAUGUCUCCAUGCUUUGACUGCCAGUAUUUUAGUGCAUCAUACCCUGCUGCCCUAAGGCGACAAGCCAUGGAAAUCUGAUACCAUCCUGAUUAUGAGCAUGUAUUUGUCAGCAUUAAACUCAUACUCAUGAGGGAGCGUCGGGGCUAGAUUAGUGGUUAAGUGUUUGCCUGUCACGCUGAGAACCCGGGUUCGAUUCCCCACAUCGGUGAGUGUGAAACUCAUUUCUGGUGUCACUCACUCAUGAGCUUCACCAAAGCGGUUGCUGUCUCCAGCCGUGUCAAGCUGAAACCCCAGGAUUUAAAUAAUGUUGAAAUGGCGUUAAACUAGGUGUUAUAGAAACACUGAGACGUGUUCAUAUUGGAAGUUUUAAGUGCACAGGGCAUUGUACAUGUUUGUAUGAUAACAAUAGACCAUAUUAUUUCUUGUGUGUAGUCAUGUAAUUAUUUUCAUGGAAUUUAUAAGGUGACCAUUGUCAAUAAGAACAUGCAAUACUUUUCAAGUAUGAUCUUCAAAUUCUUUUUCCAGUUUUUCAGUUUUUGAGGGAUAAAUAUAAAACAAAAUGUGCACAGUGUAAAUCCAUACAGAACUAAACUUUGAUGGGUCCACAGAGCACAUUUUCUGCAAAGCAAAGUCUCCAUUAAACCAAUUCUUAUGAAACAGAUGAAAAUAACAAGAUGAAAUCAGUCAUAUUGUUGAGUUCAGUAAUGCAAGGAAACUGUGACAACUUUGUGAUCCUGACCUAAUUUGUUUUAUUGUUGAUAGCCAGUCAAAUGCUAGAGAAUCACGAGCAAUUUAUAUGUUAAUACACAUAACUACUGUAAUUCCAGACAUGAAAUGUUUGUGGUGUUAGUAAUAUAUAAGAAUAUGACAGUAUAUGUCAGUGUAUGUUCAGAAAUAAACUUUUAUGUACAUGCUA